AUGCCGAGAGACAAAGCAAUGGAAAAGCUCUCGGCAACGAAGAGGCCGGUUGCCAUCUCUGCAGCUAAGUACCGCACCAACGUCCUCAACAGGGCGAGUGACGAGCAGAAAGCAGCCAGGACUCCCAAGGCCUUCUCCCUCCAAACAAUCCCAACCCAAAAUUCAAAAGACUGGGCGGGUGAUGUGAGUGCAUCCGGCAAGAACCGGAAGCACAUCGCUCACAAGCCCAAGAGAGGGGACGACUCUACUCUCGAAGCUGACAGGGAGGUCAGCAAACCAGAUGCCACUCAGGCAUCGAAGGGCGGACGCCAACCCGAGGUGAAGAAGGACCUGGAUUCGGCCCGCUCCAAAAUCAAUGAUCUUAAGGCCAAAGUUAAAGGCCUUAAGGAAAAGCUUCAGCCUCUUCAACAGGCCAAGAAAGAGGCCGAGAGGGCCAAGGAGCGGGUUGGUCGUCUGGAGGGGAACCAGCAGCAGCAGCUGAAGGCCAAGUUCCAGUCCCGGGCCGAGGAGGAGAAGCAGGCCCUUGUCAAACAAAUGAUGGAAGACUACGAAUCCAUCAUGCUGACGGCAUGGGAGGCGGUACAGCCAGGUGCUGAUUUUAGCAUUUGGAAAUCUAAGUUUGAUCAAGCAAACGAGGAUUUCAAUGUUGAACUCCUUCGCCAUGCUGAAGAUGAGGCGAACAAGGAUGAAGCUGAUGGUGAAGAGGCCGACUCCUCUUCAGGCUCCUCUGAGGACGAAGACGGGGAAGAGGAGAAUGAUGAAAAUGAAGAGCAUCCGACAGCUGAUGAUGUGGCUGCCAAUGCUGAUGAUCCCUCUGCCCUCUAA